ACUGAACCAGCUUGACGAGGGAUGCCGCAGGGUCGGGGGGUCACCGGCAGCCCCCGCCACGCUGGUUUAGCAUCCUCGGUAGCGCGGGUACCGCAGGCUUCCCCCAGCCACCUAAUCAUUUAUGGCGAGCUAAUUAAUAAGCUGGCUGUGCCCUGCGAUGCACGGCUUCCUACGGGUUGCAGCGAGAGGCGGCUUUGCUCCUCCCCGUCUCUCCCGCUGCUGACUCUGCCCACUGAGCCACACGAAGAGCCGAGGAGGAGAAAUGGAGGGGGAAUUGGCCAGGAGCAAAGCCCGGCUGCCCUCGCUGCUCCUGGCACUGCUCGGCCUCGGCCCAGGCAUCUUGGCCGAGGUGCGUUUUCAGGCGGACAAUGAGGUUUUGCAGAUGCUGGCUGGGAACUCCUCCCAGAGCCUGCUGGAGCGAUGUUCUGAGCUCCUCUUCGGCCAAGCCAGGGCACAGCCCCGGCAGGUGAACGGCGUCCUGGGGGGGUCCGUGGUGCUGUCCCCGGCUCUGCCCCCCAACAAGACGGUGAAGGAGAUCGAGUGGAGCUUUUCAGCCGGCGCCGGUGCCACCAUUCAAGUGGCAGAGCUCGGCCCCGGGGGCUUCGAGCGCCCCGACCCCAGGGACCGCUUCAAGGACCGGCUGGAGAUGUUCAACCAGACGGCGCUGAGGAUCGUGGCCCUGGAGCGGGGCGACAGCGGGGUCUACGGGGCUCGGAUCAAACUGCACCCGGCGCUGGUGGAGGAUCAGUUCUUCAACCUCUCUGUCUACGAGUCGGUGCCGAGCCCCCGGACCCGGAGCCAGCUCCUGGCCAGCACCCUGGAGUGGUGCAACCUGACGCUGCAGUGCCAGGGUGCCGGCAAAGGCGCCGUCAACGUCACCUGGAAGAAGGACAACAUCAUCUGGGACCCCACCUCCGACCGCCACCAGCUCUCCCCCGAUGGGACCACCCUCCGGCUGGCCCUGCCGCCCACCGCCGCCAACGUCACCUACGCCUGCACCGUCAGCAACCCCGCCGACCAGAAGGUCGUCCUCUUCGACCUGCAAGCCAUCUGCCAAAGCGGAGGCGGACAGACGUCCUUCUCGAAGUCGGGGUACAUCGUCCUGACCCUCAUCCUGCUGGCGGUGAGCUUGGGGGGGGCCUUCUGGUGCUGGCGGAUGAAUAGCGAGAAGGCAGCAGACCCAGCUGCCACCCCCACGGUGCCUGCCGAGGAGAGCCCCUCCGACCCCCAGUACGCCGAGAUCGUGCGCCGGAGCCCCCCGGAAGGUAAUGACCAGGGCCUGGGUCACCCCGAAAAUAACCAGGAGCAGAGCCCCCCGCAGAAAGCACCGGUCACCACCGUCUACGAGCAGAUCCGCCGGGCGCCAGAGGACACAGCCGAGGAGGUGACAUAGGCCCUCAGGCACCCGCAGAGCCGGAGCAUCGGGAUUUCCCAGAAGGGCUGUAAAGUGCGUUGUGUGCCAAAUCCAACCCCCCCAGCCCCCCUUUUGGCUCCGGGGAUGGGAGGCACCGUCUCGGGGCGACAGCCGGACCGACGCUUCCCCCCCACCCUCCGGUUUCUCUCCAACCUCCUUGUCUGAUGCCCCCCCGAGACUGUUUGGGGAGUGGGAUCCCGGCCCGAGGCAAAAACGAGUGGUGGCAACGGUGGCGAAGCUGGGGGGACCCCUCCGUUGUCCCCAGAUGCCCCGGGAUGCUCUGGGAUGAGGGAUGCUCCCUCUGUGGGGAGAUGCCCACGCGGGGUGGACCUGCCCACCAGCUCCGCUGCUGCCACAUUGACAUGGGGGGGGGACACCGGGGUGUCCCCCCAGCCCCGUCCCAUGCAGCUUCACCGGAGCGAACCUGGGUGGCAUCUCCGGGGCCACAGAGGGAUGCAGAAAGGACCGUUGCCUGCGCAGCUCCACCGAGAAGCACCCACUGUUCCCCACCCCCACCCCAUAGAGGGGGUGUCUCACUGCCUGCCGUGUCCAGCACCUACUGUCACGGGGCCCCUCGCUCGGCCAGACCUCCCGCCGUUGUAAAAAGAGCAAAAUAAAUGUUGGUGAGAUGAGA